AUGUCUUUAAACUACAUAAAGAACUUCUAUGAGGGAUGUCUUCGGCCUCCAACUGUGAUUGGUCAGUUUCACACCCUGUUUUUUGGCUCUGUGCGGAUGUUCUUCUUGGGAGUUCUGGGAUUUGCGGUUUAUGGGAAUGAAGCCCUUCAUUUUAGCUGUGAUCCAGACAGGAGAGAGCUCAACCUUUUCUGUUACAAUCAAUUUAGACCUGUAACGCCUCAGGUGUUUUGGGCCCUUCAGUUAGUUACUGUGCUGGUUCCAGGAGCUGUGUUUCACCUUUACGCAGCAUAUAAAAACAUCGACCAAGAGGACAUUCUGGACCGACGGACAUACACCGUGUUCUACAUCAUUUCUGUCCUCCUGCGAAUUGUCCUGGAGGUAGCAGCGUUUUGGCUUCAGAGUCGACUCUUUGGAUUCCUGGUUCAUUCCCUGUAUUUCUGUGAUGCAAGUUCAAUGGAAAAGACUUUAAACGUCACCAAGUGCAUGGUCCCUGAGCAUUUCGAAAAGACCAUCUUUCUCAGCGCAAUGUACAUCUUUACCAUAAUCACCAUGAUUUUGUGUAUGGCAGAGAUUUUUGAAAUACUGUGCAGGAGGCUUGGCUAUUUGACCAAUGAAUGACAUCAUCAGAUAAACAAUUUGCAUAACAAGUUUAAUAACUAAUGGAUCCAUCCAGGUGUUCAGAUUGUCGUCUACCUCAUUAAGAAUAAGGGCUGGAGCUUUAAUUUCAAUUAAUUUAAAUGGUGCCCACAUCAUUUCUUAUGUGGGUCAGAUUGCUAAGGGACUGGGAUGAGUAUGAUCAUCUGUGAAAUGCAGAAAAAAAGAUUAAGCAAUAUUUUGCACAAUAAUAAACUUUUGUUGAUUUGACCUUGCAAACUGUUGUUUUAAUGUUGGUUUAAAAAUGCAGCAUGAAGUUAAAACAACUUGCUUUUGCCAGUCAA